GAUCCCAACCCACCUCUCUCUCUCUCUCUCUCUCUCUCUCUCUCAUUACAUUUACGCACUAUAGUCUAUAAUUAUAUUCUCUCCAUCAGUAUUCUUUUUUUUUCCUAUAUAUAUAUAUAUAUUUUAUAAAAGUGCAAUAAAUAUAUAUGACUCUAAAUUCAAUGAAACUAGAAGCGGAAGAGCGCCAGGAAGGAGGAGACGAGAUGUGCCGGACAAUCGAGGUAUUCUCCUCCACCUUCGCCGCUAAACAGUGCGACUGCGACUGCGACUUCGACUUCGCGUCGCCUGCCUCCGUCGCAAAAGACGAUGCGGACGGUGACUGCCACGCCGAGGACGACCCCUUCAUACCGCCUGUAAACUUUGCCAUGGUCGAUAACGGCAUUUUCCGCUCCGGCUUCCCUGACUCCGCCAACUUCUCCUUCCUCCAAACUCUAGGCCUCCGCUCCAUCAUAUAUCUGUGUCCCGAACCGUAUCCGGAGGCGAACAUGGAGUUUCUCAAGUCCAACGGGAUCAAGCUUUUUCAAUUCGGGAUUGAAGGUUACAAGCCCUUUUCAGAUCAUAUACUCGGGAGUCAAAACUUUUACAUUAUGCUGGAGCCUUUCGUGAACAUCCCGGACGAUAUGAUUCGUGAAGCAUUAAAAGUUGUUCUUGAUGUAAGGAAUCACCCGGUUUUAAUUCAUUGUAAACGUGGGAAGCAUCGAACUGGUUGUCUUGUGGGAUGCUUGAGAAAAUUCCAAAGCUGGUGCCUGACAUCUGUCUUUGACGAGUACCAGCGGUUUGCAGCUGCUAAAGCUAGAGUUUCAGAUCAGAGGUUUAUGGAGUUGUUUGAUGUGUCUAGUUUGAAGCAUCUCUGCCACUGUAAUUCUCAUGUUCGAGGAGGUAACGACCGUGCCUAUUGAUUGGAUUAUCCUUUCUUUAUCGGAAGAGAAUCCUAUAGGCCCUACUUCAGAAUCAAUAGGGAAAGGUGAUGAGUUCCUAGAAUGCAUUUCAGCGGCAAAGGAAUAAUAGCAUGCCCUGUUUGGAGUCUUAGAAACCCUCCCCUUACCACACUGCCCCCACCCUCCCUCCUCACCACAUUCGUUCCUCUUUCUUUUCUUUUCCUUGAUUUAGUUGCCAGGCACUAGGCAGUCUCUUUACGUUUGAUGCUGUACAUGCACCAACUAUGGCUGUAGAUGUGUCCGGAGUCCUCUUCAAAUUCUUAGCUAGCUUGGUUUAAAGGUUCAUAACAGCUCCUGAUCCACUCCAGCUGCUUCUGUCGUCGAUUUUAAUUGAAGACAAGCUGGCAGCUAGGAAGACCGUCUACCCAUGAUUCUUGGUCGGGUAGUUGGAAGGAUAAAUAAAAUUUAGUUAUAGAAUAGUUAGCUUGGAUCUGUACGAGGUAAUUUGACAAACAUGCUAAAUGCGAUACAAUGGGAAAUGGAGUCCUAGCAUUUAACUCAAA